ACAGCACACCUUCAGAUGGAGAUGAAGUAGCAGCAGCAGCAGCAGCAGCAGUCGACUAACAGGGCAACAACAGCGUCAGUUCCGCGGAUCCGGAGGUUUCUCUGUUCAGGAGGGACAGGUGACGGACACUCACUCGGCAGCCUUAACGUUCAUCGUUGAUAAUCACCGAGGUUUCACCUCCUCGUGCGCACCCUCCGUUUGCCACAAUAGAUGUUUCUCAACUACAUGCAUUUCGACCUGAUCAUCUAAGCCCCGGUCCAACACGAUGGAAAAUGCGCACACUAAAUCCGCGACCGAAGUUUUGGACAACUUCGGCGUGAACGAAAACACUGGGCUGACUCUGGAGCAGGUCAAAGUUAAUUUCGAGAAAUAUGGAGCGAACGAGCUCCCAGCUGAAGAAGGGAAGUCCCUGUGGGAGAUGGUGGUGGAGCAGUUUGAGGACCUCAUGGUCCGGAUCCUGCUGCUGGCUGCCUGCGUCUCCUUUGUGUUGGCUCUGUUUGAGGAGGGAGAGGAGACGACCACCGCCUUCGUUGAGCCUCUUGUCAUUCUACUCAUCCUCAUCGCCAACGCUGUUAUCGGAGUGUGGCAGGAGAGAAAUGCUGAGAACGCCAUCGAGGCUCUGAAGGAGUACGAGCCAGAGAUGGGGAAGGUGUACCGCAUGAACCGCAAAGCCGUCCAGAGGAUCAAAGCCAGAGACAUCGUCCCCGGGGACGUAGUGGAGGUGGCAGUUGGUGACAAGGUGCCCGCUGACAUCAGAGUGACCUCUAUAAAGUCCACCACGCUGCGUGUGGACCAGUCCAUCCUCACAGGGGAGUCUGUGUCCGUCAUCAAACACACUGACCCUGUUCCUGACCCCAGAGCCGUCAACCAGGACAAGAAGAACAUGCUCUUUUCUGGCACAAACAUCGCCGCAGGCCGAGCUAUAGGGAUUGUCGUCGCUACCGGCGUCUCCACAGAGAUCGGUAAAAUCCGUAACCAGAUGGCCGCCACAGAACAGGAGAAGACGCCGCUGCAGCAGAAGCUGGACGAGUUCGGCCAGCAGCUCUCAAAGGUCAUCUCUCUGAUCUGCGUGGCUGUGUGGGUGAUCAACAUCGGGCACUUCGGAGACCCCGUCCACGGCGGCUCCUGGGUCAGAGGAGCGAUCUAUUACUUCAAGAUCGCCGUGGCAUUAGCCGUGGCCGCCAUCCCAGAGGGGCUGCCCGCCGUCAUCACCACCUGCCUGGCCCUCGGCACUCGACGCAUGGCCAAGAAGAACGCCAUCAUUCGCAGUCUGCCGUCAGUGGAGACCCUGGGCUGCACGUCUGUCAUCUGCUCUGACAAGACGGGGACCCUCACCACCAACCAGAUGUCCGUCUGCAGAAUGUUCGUCACAGACAAAGUGGAAGACUCCGACUGCACCCUUCAUGAGUUCUCUAUAACUGGUUCUACCUAUGCCCCCGAGGGACAAGUACUAAAAGGAGACCGGCCCAUCCAGUGUGGUGACUAUGAUGGACUUUUGGAGUUGGCCACUGUGUGCUCUAUGUGCAACGACUCCUCACUGGACUACAAUGAGGCCAAAGGAGUUUACGAGAAGGUGGGUGAAGCCACAGAGACGGCUCUGACGACCUUGGUGGAGAAGAUGAACGUUUUUAAGACCGAUGUGUCCGGACUCAGCAAGGUGGAGCGUGCCGGCGCAUGCAACGGGGUGAUCAGGCAGUUGAUGAAGAAGGAGUUCACCUUGGAGUUCUCUCGUGAUCGCAAGUCCAUGUCCGUCUUCUGCACUCCUGUCAAGCCCGGAUCCCAGAGCAAGAUGUUCAUCAAGGGCGCCCCAGAGAGUGUGAUCGAGCGCUGUCAGUACCUGCGGGUGGGAACGGGGAAGGUGGCGCUCACCCCGGCUCUGCGGGACCAGCUGUUGUCUAAGAUCAGGGACUGGGGGACAGGCAGGGACACUCUGCGCUGUCUGGCUCUGGCAACACAUGACAGCCCGCCUCGCAGAGAGGACAUGGACCUGGAGAACGCCACCAAGUUUGUUCAGUACGAGCUGGGUCUCACCUUUGUCGGCUGCGUGGGCAUGCUCGACCCGCCCAGGAAGGAGGUGAUCGGUUCAGUGAAGCUCUGCAACGAGGCGGGCAUACGAGUAAUCAUGAUCACCGGAGACAACAAGGGCACAGCUGUGGCCAUCUGCAGACGGAUUGGCAUCUUCGGCGAAGAGGAGGACGUGACAGGAAAGGCUUAUACGGGUCGUGAGUUUGACGAUCUGCCGCUGGAGGCCCAGAGGGAGGCGGUGAAACGGGCGAGGUGCUUCGCCCGCGUGGAGCCGGCUCACAAGUCGAAGAUCGUGGGAUACCUGCAAUCAUUUGAUGAGAUCACGGCCAUGACAGGAGACGGAGUGAACGACGCCCCCGCCCUGAAGAAAGCAGAGAUCGGCAUCGCCAUGGGCUCCGGCACGGCGGUGGCAAAGUCUGCGUCUGAGAUGGUGCUCUCUGACGAUAACUUCUCCACCAUCGUGGCUGCAGUGGAGGAGGGCAGAGCCAUCUACAACAACAUGAAGCAGUUCAUCAGAUACCUCAUCUCCUCCAACGUGGGAGAAGUCGUCUGCAUCUUCCUGACGGCCAUCUUGGGUCUCCCCGAGGCUCUGAUCCCUGUCCAGCUGCUGUGGGUUAAUCUGGUGACCGAUGGCCUGCCAGCCACUGCUCUGGGCUUUAACCCCCCAGACCUGGACAUCAUGGACAAACCCCCCCGCAACCCUAAAGAGCCCCUCAUCUCAGGCUGGCUCUUCUUCAGAUAUCUGGCUAUCGGAGGUUACGUGGGUCUUGGAACAGUGAGCGCUGCAACAUGGUGGUACCUGUUUGAUGAUGAGGGACCACAAGUGUCUUUCUAUCAGCUGAGACACUUCAUGCAGUGUACGGAGGAGAACCCCAUGUUCCAGGGCAUAGACUGUGAGGUGUUUGAAUCCCGCUACCCCACCACCAUGGCGCUGUCUGUGCUGGUCACCAUUGAAAUGUUAAACGCGCUCAACAGUUUGUCAGAGAACCAGUCUCUGAUCAGGAUGCCUCCCUGGGUCAACAUUUGGCUGCUGGGCGCCAUGAUCCUCUCGCUCUCCCUCCACUUUGUCAUCCUCUACGUGGAGCCUCUGCCGUUGAUCUUCCAGGUGACCCCUCUGCGCUGGUCCCAGUGGAUUGUGGUCCUCAAGAUUUCCAUCCCAGUCAUCCUUCUGGAUGAGGCACUGAAAUACAUGUCCAGGAACCAUCUAGAAGCCUAAACUCUUUUAAUCUCACCUUCUGUGAAAAGGUGGUGACGACAAGAAAUACCGCAGGAGAUGGCAGCUGAACUAAGACCUCUCCCUCAACACACUCACACACUUAGACACACACAUGCCUUCCCUCCUCCCUUUACGAGCUCGGAACCUUUUUCUCUCCCCUGUCCUCGCUCCCCGCUCCUGCAUGACCGACAAAACCAACCGCCACUAGAAACGAGCAGGGCUUGCAUGUGAGCGAGCGUGCAAGAAAGAAAGAGAGCAUGCGUGUUACUGCGAGCAUGGCUUUGUAAAAGUGUGUGAGUGAAUGAGAGUAAUGUGUGUGUGUGUGCGUGUGUGUGUGCGCGCGUGUGUGUGUGUGUGUGUGUGUGAAAAGGCAGAUGCAGACCUGUCUUUAUAGUUUCCAGAGCAAGAAACAACUGCAGACAAAAAAAAAAGAAGAAGUUAAAACAACCCAGGCUCUGCUUUUUAAAGAUUUCUGCUCAUUGGGUUUUCAACUGUACAAACAUAGUGGUGCAGACUUUUCAGGGAGGGAAGGAGAGGGAGGACAGGGGACUAAAGGUUGAUAAUAUCUGGGAUGGGAAGGGAGGGUCUUUGAACUUAUCACAGAGACUGAAAGAGAGAUUGAGAGGCACGUCAUAGAGAGUACAAUCGCUGGUGAAAGAGAAGAGCAUCAGCAGGAACGUUGGAGGUUGAAAACAGCCAGCUCUGGAGGCGGGAUGAACUGCGUAGAGAGCCACCGUACCUGCAGAAACAUUAUGCGGAGGCAGCGCCCACGGUGAUGGCACCGGCAUUAUCAGCUCAACACCUCCGUAUCUCCGGCCAGUUUGUCACAGCGCAGCUCGUUCACUGCUCGUCCUCUUGCUUUGUUGUAUCGCUGCAGAAUGACUCUCCUUUUGCUCUCUCUCUCUCUUUCUCUCUCUCUGUCUCAGAGGCAGCUGUGGGUGGGUGGGGUGGGGUGGGGUGGGUGGGGUGGGGGUUGGCGUUGUGAUGUUGUCGGGCUCUUAUGUCCGGGUAUGGAGAUGUCGCUCUGUCUAGAAGGUGUGUGAAUAGCUUUACGCUGCUUGGCCCUUUCCUUCUGCUCUUAAUUGGAGGAGCUGAGGUCAGCUCACAGACAGAAAUCAAAUAAAAAAACAUAUAAUAUAUAAAUAAAUAAAAACCAAACCAGCAUAUCAGUAGUGUAGUUGUCGGCCAGUGCACCCAGCUGGUCCUGUUAAGCCUCACUGUAACGUCCGUCUGCUGUGCUGCUAUCUGACUUUUAGCUGUCAAGAAUCUGUUUUUUAAAGGGAAACCUGGACAAGAGCGUGAAGCUCCGGGACAGUUUGUGCAGACUAACCGUCCAGGAGCUUCAUGUUUUUUGAUCCCUCUUUGUGGUGCUUUGCACAAGUUUCUACCCUCCUUGAACUUUUUCUACAUUUGGUCAUGUCACAACUGCAGCUCUGAAAAGACUUUAAUCGGGUUUGUAAGCAAUUAAACGACCGAAAAAUAAAACAAAAUGAUAAAAAAAAAAGGGGGAAAUUAAAACAGUUUGCUCGUUAAAAUGAGGUGCAACCAGUAGUUUCCAUCAGAAAAACGUCUGCUUCAUGGACUUAACUUUUUUUUAAAUCCAGGUUGUGACACAAUCGUGGAAAAACUCCAAGGGGGGGGUGAAAUCUUAGGCAGGUGGUUGUAGUUAUUCCUUACCCUGCACCAGCUCUAAUGUGUGUGUGUGUGUGUGUGUGUGUAUAUGUGUGUGUGUGUGUGCGCGUGCAUUUAGCCUUACUUGAAUUGAUUUGACUCGGUUAGCUUUACAGUCUUUGAAUCGCACAAAUAAUGUAGUUAAAUUAAGUUAAGGAAUGUCAACUAAAACGGCUUGAUCGUCUCACUUGCUGAUGUUUCAUUUAAAUCUUAAGCACAUGUCUCAUCAUCCAUGCCUUAUAACGCCCACUGCACCUCCACAUUAAACAUGUGGUCCAAAUGAAUGUGUUUCUGCAAGCCUUUAAUGACCCCGCCCUCUCACACGCGCCCCCACAGAGACGUCCACCCUGAUCACUGAGAUCUUAAAGAAUGCCCGCUCAGUGUGAGGCGUGUGUGUGUGUGUGUGUGUGUGUGCGCGUGUGUGCGCGUGUGUGUGUGAGAGGAAACCCUCUCUCCGUUGUCGCUUUGUGCGCUGCUCCCUCGGCUCCUCCUGCUCUCUCAGUGCUUUAGCGACUCACCUGGGUAUCGUUUUAUAAUGACUUAAAUAGAAAUGUAUUUGACUGAACGAGCCCUCAGGGUUUGGAUUGUGUCUUUAAGUCUUAAUUAUGGGUUUUUGUGUGUCGGGCCCUGGUGCUCCGUGGACUGGGUCAGAGGUCUCUCUUUGCUUCCGUGUGCGUGAGAGGAGCGUGCACAUUCAGUAAACGGCUUAGUAAGAAGAGAAACAGAAAGUAGGAAAGAAAGAUGCACACUCGGUCGAUCCCUUUGGAGAUUUUUUAAUAAAAAAAAAGAUAAAACAACAGUUGAAAUGAUCUUUCUGUAAGUUACUCUCACUCUGAGUUCCCAACAGACUGUGCAGAACUUUCUUCUUCUUCUCUUCCUUUUCCUGCUUCCAGACUUGAUGUAUAAAACGUGUUCCAGCCGAGUGACGUGGAGCAUUACUUUAAAUCUGAGGGACAAAUCCAUCCUUAAACACUUCAGAUUCAGUGCACGGUCAGUGACAAACUUAAGAUGGCGUGACCUCGUCAUAUUUCCAACCCCUCACUCUCUCUGGAGUCAUUUCUUUUGGAAAUCACAGCAAGAAAUAAACUCACACAGAAGAACUGACAGUUUAUAAAUCACAGCCUCAUCACUGUGGACGCGCCUCAGAGGAGAGUGGAAAUAAAUCUGGUGAUCCGAUUUCUUAUUCUGGUCCAAAUAGUUUUCUCUUCGGAGUUCAUGGCUAAGUAGCAGGUGAAGAAAAAUGAGUUUUUGCUGACACUGUAUUUCUAAUUUUGUGUUCUUGGAUCGUGUAGAUAACUUGCUUACACUCAAAAAAAAAAAAGACUGUAGCUCACUUAUGUAAAGAAAGUGCUGUUAGGAACAUCCAUGCACUUCAUCUCCCUGCAGCUUAAAUCAAUAUAACUGAACGAAGACAAAACAAUCCUUUCUUAUCGUUUGUUUUUUUUAAAUCUGUCACCUGUAGUUCUCCUUUUUCGUUCUCCAGCCUCUAGUGGUUGGAGUUGGCAUUACAAUAUCAAGCAUUUUGAAAUAUCUAACCCAAAAUCUCUUUGUCCACCUGCACAAAAAUGUAGAAAAAUCGUCCAAGAAUGAUUUGUUUCCAUCUGGAUCACCCAACAGUUGUUUUCACAUUUGACAAAAAGAAUCCAUAAAUCCAGAGAGAGCCAGAUAGACUAGCGGUAAUGUUGCACGCCCCGUGUACAGAGGCUAUAGUCCACGACGCAGCAGGGGGUGGGUUCAAAUCCUCCCAACAUUUCCUGAUUCUCUUCAGCUGUCCGAUCCAAUAAAGGCAAAAAAAUACAUAAAUCCAGAAAGUUUAUGCCGUCUAAACUUCCACCACAUAUUGUUCUCUCUGAAAUUAAACGAUUCAAAUAUUCUAAUAAGAAUUUGAAAAUGGAAUCACCAGAUUGUUUUCUUUAAUCCGGGUCAUGUUUACUUUUAGUCCGAAGCUUUAAGGGUGGAACGUUCCAGAACAUUUAAAAUAAGAAGCUGGAUUUAGUCAUAAAUGACAAACAAAAAACCAGCCUGAUUAGAUCGCACUCACGUCCAGGUCUGACAUUGGUUUUCUGACCACCAUGAAGUGAAAGGUACCCCGUAGUCCAGACCAGCAGAGACCCCCCCCAAACCCCCCAUCCCCGUCCCGGCUCUCCACGGCUCUGUAACAUGCUGGCGCCCCCGGCCAACGGGCACUAUAGGUGUGUGUGUGUGUGUGUAUGUAUAGCCUUGUUAUUUACUACUGAAUCCUCAGCUCUGUACAGAAGACGAGAGUGUGACCGCAUGGAACCUUGUUACUGUAAUAAUAACCUCUACAGUAUAUGAUAUUUCAUUUUGAUAACUUCCAUCAGUGAAACCUGCUCGCCAACCACACAGUCCGACUCACCAGUAACCGUUUUCUGAUUUCCCCUCGAGCACACGGCAUCUAAGGAUCUCAUUUCUUUCUUUUGUUUUGUAGAGUAGAGAGGUUUGUUUCUUCUUCAUUGUUUCGGUUUUUACAGUUCCUGGGGUUUUGUGUCUUUUACUGUAGGUAGAAGAAAACGUCAUAAAUAUGUUUAAGAUAGACAAGAGUCAUGCUUACGCUAAUAAAUGACGACGAUGACGACGAUGAUGAUGAUGAUGAUGAUGAUGAUGAUGAUGAUCAGUGAUGGUUAUCCGGUGAGAGGAUGUUGGAAGAGUUUGUGAAUGAACUGUGUCUGGUUUACACUGAGCGAUAAGCAGUGAUGAAUCCUGGGAUAUGAAGUUUUCUGACUGUACUUUGAAGGGCUCGGCGUGGAUGCAGGCUCUAGAGACCCCCUUUGACAAUCCUCUUCAGUCCAGCAUGGUACUCAAAGUCCUCUACCAUCUGCUCAAAUAAAAAAACAACCUCUAUUGAUGAUCGUGCUCGGGCUGGUAUCAGCACCAUCCGGCUCGUUCUGGUCCGUGCUCUCUUUGUCUCGUUCAGUCUCUAGAGCCCGAGAUCCACCUCUGAGUAAUUUAAAGGAUUCUCUGCAUUGCCUUGUUAAUAUUAAUUGUGGACACAUAAUUUUAUAAAUGACAAAGACGUGGAAAAUAAAGAUAAUUUAUCUUGUUA